AUUUAAGAAAGCAAGAUGUCUGAUAAAACCAAGGAAUCUGAUAAGACUAAAACUCCUGACAAGCUUGACAAGCUUCUCGCUGAAGUGAACAAUAUUUUUGAAGUAACAAUAUCUAACGCUAACAACAAUAGAGUCUCUUCUCUUACAAAGGCAAUCAGAACCUGUCAUCUAGAUCGAUUUCAAGAUAUAGAUUUGACUAUACUUAUCAGCAGAAUUGAAUUUUUGAAUUAUGACAGACAUUUGACCAAUUCGGCUUUAUAUAGGGUCGCAUCUAUAGCUGAUAGUAUCAUAAUCAAUGACUUAAACAUCAGUGAAUUUGAAAUAGAAGGUGCAAUAAGAAUGGAAUUGCAAGACACCAUUUUUACUCAUUUUCCUAUACAACUCCAACGUAUCUUUGGUAGUGAAAAGAAAAUCAAUGUUAUCGUGUACCCUCCCGCUGAAAGGAUGCCAGAGGUAUUAAACAAAGAUAAUUAGAUUUUUUUAUUCACAUCAUGUAAUAGUGAUA